UAACUAACAGCAAGUUUAAAAAUAAUUGGGUUUAAAUAUGACUUUGGAUUUGAAAAUUUUUGUAUUGCAAAGCAAUUUGGUUUUGAAGAAUUCAGAAGAGAAGAAGCUCAUGGAUUGGAAUUUGAAGAAUAUGUGAAACAUAAAUUAAUUCCCGAAAAAUAUGAAGACGAAAUGCAGAUGCAGUACUAGUAGCAUUGAAGUACUAUGAGGAAAUCACGGACCUUCAAUUACAUGAUAUAAAAACUCCAGCAAUGUAUUGUAGUUCAAUCGCAACGUCAAAAUUUGUUGUUGAGAUUUGGUGCAAUAACUAUCUUAAAACAAAAUACAAAGAUCCAAACAUCAACAUGAUUAAAGUACCUGAAGAUAGCGAGACUAUUGAAACUGAUCCAAAAAAAAAUAGGAAUUUUAUUAAAUCUCUUCAGAUAUUCAAAAAUUUAUUGAAACGUAUUUUUUCAUAAUAUUCGCUCUUAGUUACCAAGUGCUUGUCAUUUAUUAAUUAUGUAUCUAAUAAUUGUUAUUUUGUGUGUGUGUGUGGGUAGGGUCAGUGGGUAUAUAAAAUAUAUGGUUGUCAUAAAAUCGAUGAUUACAAAUUUAAAGUAAAUUGUAUUAAAAUUUUUAUUAAAUAUAGACAUUAAUCGAAAUAAAACAGUGGUUUUGUUGUUUAAUAAGUUACAAAUAAGUUAUAAUCAGUUGCAUUUCUGAAAUGAAUGUAUUAUGUUUAUCAAAUUGAGUUCUCAUUUAAAACUGCUUUUCCUACUGAUAAUCAUCCUGCUUUGAAGAUUAAGUUAUCUUAUUAUUAGAGUAGGUACCUCUUUUUAAGUUCAUGACCAACCUACUUAUAAUUUUAUAUAAUUGUUCACAAAAUAAGUAUAUGUUCAAAAUAUAUAUCCUCGUAUGAUUGGUGUUUGACUAGCACAUAUCGAGGAUAUUCCCUCUACAUCAUAUUAUAUUGGUUGGUUGUAGAUUUUUGUUUGAUUUUCUGUCUAUUCUGUUGAUUGAGAUUUCUAUUUUUCUUGAUAAUAUGUCCGAUGGUGAGUGCCAUAUAUUUUAAAUUCAAUUUAAGUACGACUCGUACGUGCACAGAAAACCGUACACCAUGGACAGGUUUAUUUUUGCAAGCGUUGUUUUACGUCAUUCGACAACCAAAAUUUAAAAUAUAAGAUGAGCGGACAAGAGGCUUUAAACCAGCACAAAUUGAUUUGCUUGGUGCACAAACCUAUUUUACCGGAGAUGCCGAAAGAGGGUGAUACCAUUGAGUUUAAGGCGUGGAAAAAGACAUAGCGACACCCUUUUGUUAUUUAUGCGGAUUUCGAAGCAUUGUUGGUGAAGACGGAGGAAAAGAAAGGCGAGAGUACUACAAUUAUUAUACAGAGACACUAAGCGAUGAGUUACGGGUUUUUAGUGAAGGCGAGCGACAACGUACCGGAGGAGUUAUUGGAAGAGUACGAGAUACCGGCGGGGCCGGUAAUCUACAGAGGCAGCGAAGACAGAACGGACGUGGCGAGACAUUUUGUGGAGAUGAUAGUUGAGGUGGCCCAGAAAAUUGAGAAACUGAUGAAGACAAAUAUUCCUAUAAAAAUGACUGAGGGCGAAGAAAAAACACAUCAAGAGUGUAAUACGUGUAAUUUAUGUAAAUGUUGUUUAGCCGGGGGCGAUAAGGUUAGGGAUCACGAUCAUUUGACUAGGAAAUUUAGGUAGACUUUGUGCUCUAGGUGUAACUUAGAGUUACAACAACCUAAAUUUGUCCCCGUCUUUUUCCAUAAUCUAUCAAACUAUGAAGCACAUCUUAUUGUAACGGAACUUGGAUAUGAUACUCAGACUAUCAACGUUAUUCCGAACAGCAAAGAGAAAUAUAUAUCUUUCUCGAAAUAUAUAAGUAGUACCUUCACUGUUCGGUUUAUCGACACUUUCCGGUUUAUGGCGUCGAGUCUGUCGUCCCUGGCUGAAAAUUUGGUUACACCCGAACAUGACAACUUCCGUGAGACAGCCAAACAUUUUGUCACCGGAGAUAUGCCGCUCGUGACUCGUAAGGGCGUGUACCCGUACGAGUACACGGAUAGUUGGGAGCGGCUGGAGGAUAUGAGUUUACCGAGGAAGCAAGAUUUUUAUAGUACGUUGACAGAGACCGGGAUCAAGGAUAAUGAGUUUGAGCACGCGAAGGAGGUCUGGGACCACUUCGACUGUAAGACGCUUGGUGACUACAGUGACUUGUAUUUGAAGAUCGAUGUGCUGUUGUUGGCGGACGUCUUUGAAAACUUCCGCGACGUAUGCAUGAGGGCGUAUAACCUGGACGCUGCUCAUUAUUUCACCGCCCCAGGCUUGAGUUUUGACGCGAUGCUUAAGUUUACCGGUCAAAAGCUACAGUUAUUGCAUGAUUACGACAUGUUGCUGAUGUUCGAAAAUGGUAUACGUGGUGGACUAGUGCAAGCGAGCAAACGGUAUGCGAAGGCGAAUAAUGUCAAGACCCCGGGAUACAACGAGACGAAGAAUAAAUCAUGGAUAAUUUAUCAGGACUGUAACAACUUGUAUGGAUGGGCUAUGUCACAGUACAUACCGUACGGUGGGCUCAACUGGCUUGAACCUACAUUAAACGGAUUGGAUGAUUUGGAUGACACCUCCCCCAUAGGACGUGUGUAUGAGGUGGACGUGACGUACCCACAACACCUACACAACGAGCAUAACGACCUGCCUUUCUUACCCCAAAACAGUAUGCCAAGUGGUUCGAAGGUACGGAAGUUGAUGGCAACGUUCGAAAAGAAGGAUAAUUAUAUUAUACACUAUCGAAACCUGCAGCAGGCGAUUGAAAAUGGACUUAUAGUUGAAAAGGUACAUAGAGUAAUACAAUUAAACCAGUCUGACUGGCUGGCUAAAUAUAUUGUGUUGAACACCGAGAUGAGGAAGAAGGCGAAGAAUGAUUUUGAGAAAGACUUUUUUAAAUUAAUGAAUAACGCUGUAUUUGGUAAAACAAUGCAAUCGAAGAGGAAGGAGAUGAAGAUGGAGUUGGUGUCAUGUGAAAGGAGGUUGCAAAAACUUAUAAACAAGUGUACGUUCAAACACUGUACAAAUUACAAUGAGAACCUUAAUGCUGUCUCCCUGGAGAAUAAGAUUAUUAGAUUUGACAAACCUAUUUAUAUUGGAUUUGCAGUACUAGACAUAAGUAAGACGCUAAUGUACGACUAUCAUUAUAAGUACACUGAUACAGAUUCACUAGUAUAUCAUAUUGAUACUGAAGAUUUGUAUGUGGACUUGGCGGCUAAUCGUAACUUGUUGGACCGGAUGGACACCGCCAACCUGCCCAAUGACCAUCCAUGCUAUGUGGCAGAAAGAAAGAAGUCUCCGGGGUACUUUUCUGAUGAGGUGGAUGGGAAUAUAAUCACUGAGUUCUGUGCGUUGAGGGCAAAGUCCUACGCUUUUAAUGUGUAUGCUGGAGCAGAGGACAGAGUUGGUGGUGAAAAGAUCAAGGCAAAGGGUAUCAGAGCUCAUGUUGUUAAGAACCACAUGACCCUUGAGGACCAUAGGAAGUGUUUGUUUGGUGAAGCUGGAGUGGAGGCAUACAAGGAGAAUGUAUCAAUACAGUCAUUCAACCACCAGCUAGUAACGAUAAAGACCAGGAAGCUGACCUAUAACAACUAUGAUGAUAAGAGGGUGGUGUUAGAAGAUAAAAUAAAUACACUGGCCCAUGGCCAUUAUAGCAUAGAGAGAGAUGAACCCGAGGACGAUUAGAUGAAGGUUCCAACCUUCUACAUUACUUUUCUUGAUUUUAUAUAUUAUAUUUUUUUUCUGUUAAUUAUUUUUAUUGUAAAUAUUAUACGUUAUAUAGUCUGUUAUAUUUGAGAUAGAUUAUUGUAUAUAACCUUUGUAUUUAGAUGUUACGGGCGAAUACACCGACGAUUAUAAAAUAACUCAAAUUGAAAUUAUUGUAAAUACUGUCUAACAGAAUGUUUUUAAGUUAGAUUAGUGUAUAAACUUACAGUAUUUUCCCCCCUUUAUAAUGUAUAAUUGAUAGAUAAUUAAGUUUUUUCAUAUUUAUAAUGUAUAAUUGUUAGAUAUUUAAGUUAGUUUACAAUGUUUUCUUAUAAUAUUUUUUUUCCUGUUAAUAAUCAUGUUUUUUCUGUUUCAGGUUGAUGGAAGCCCAUACAUAUUUAAUUUAAAAACCUGUGUAAAUGCUAUCAUAAAUAAAU